AAUGAGGCACGAAAGAGCUCACCCGGCUACACACCCUUUCUACCUAUCAUCCGUGCAGUCAGCAUUUGUUAUUUCAAUAGCUUUGUGGUGAGCUGGUGACUACGAGUCCGAUUGUUUAAAUUCCAAACAACGUGGAUCUUACUAGUACUAUACAAACGAUCAACCUCCCUACGCUGUUACCGAGAACGUAGACAAGCAUGGCGCCGACAAUCCAUUACUAUUGUCCAUGCCAGUCUGGAGAGUCAGUUCAGACGCCUCCGCCUCCGCAUAUGGCGUCUUCCUCUGCUAGUUUCCACCCUUUGCAUAGCUUGUUCUUCUGCGAGGAAUGUGAUGCUGUUCGGUGCAAUCGCUGCGUUUCCGUCGAAGUCAGUGGCUACUACUGUCCAAAUUGCCUUUUCGAAGUCCCCAGCGCAAGCGUUCGCGCGGAAAAGAACAGAUGUGCUCGAAAUUGCUUUUCAUGCCCUAUAUGCCGGUCAACUUUGCAAGUAGUCGCGUCUGACCCUCCUGAUGGCGGCGAUGGUCGUCCUUCCGUGUCUCUCAGCAACGUUGGAGAGCCUCCCUUCUUUCUUUAUUGCAAUCACUGCAGAUGGGACUCUGCUGAAGUCGGGAUAACAUUUGAGAAACCAACAGGACUAGCUGCACAGCUGCAAAAAUUUGAAGACUCUGCGCCCGAAUCCCUGGAGUUUGAGCGACUGAAAGAGCAUUUUGAACCGUUCCUCCGUACAUCAUCUCUUUCUUCCGUGUCUCAUAUUCCGAGUACAUCUUCUCACCAUCUGCCUACUUCAUCUGCUACAGCCGCUGCUUCCGCCGCCCUUGCGCGCGAUGUUCCUGGUGUCGGGAAGUACAAUCCUCUCGCUCGUAGUCGUGUGGGCCGCGACAGAACUGCAAACAAGGACGAGAUGCCAGAGUACAAAAGUAGAAUGGAGAUUGGUGUCCUUGGUCAGCUGGGGUCUGAAGGAGAUGGUUCGGAUGUUGAGGCACUUCGGCGCAUGGAAGACGUGGAGGAAAUUGCGUCGCUUGAGCAAAGAUGGGGAAACAGCUGGACCACCUCGCUCAGAACAAACGAUCUAAGACCUCUCCGGAUUCCACUUCAUUCCAAAGUCUCGAAGCGGUGUCCGUCCUGCAGGCACAUCCUUAUAAAACCAGAGCAGAAAGCACAGUCUGUGCGAUACAAAAUCAAGCUCGUAGCGGCCAACUAUUUGCCAGCCAUCACUGUAACCCUUCCCCACAUUCAAGGGGCUGACGCUACUAGGCGUCCACCGGCUAAGGUACCAAAUGCCUCAGAUGACAGGAACGCUGGCGCUAUGAUGGCUGGAAAAUCGUACCCCUUUCAUCUCGCUCUGACAAAUCCCCUCUAUGAUCCGAUUCAAGUCCGACUUUCGGUUCAGCGAAUGCAUGUCACCGCGGCAACUGACGGCAUUGCGCCAGAAAAGGCUCGCAGGACACCCUUUGCAGUUUCCCUGCCAACCUCUUCAUUCCCUGUCGCUGCAUUCGCCGAAGCAUGGGAAUACGAUGACGACGACGACAUGUUUGGGCUCGAGGACGAUGAACUUGGUUUGGAACUGGGUCGAAGCCGAGACAAAGACGGCAAAGGGAAGGUCAAGACUGUAGGAGUCUUGGAAAAGAGGGCCAAUGUUACAGUUGUGGGCGGUGAGGUUGUCAUCGGGAAAGAAGCCCGGGGACAAGUCAAGUUCAAUAUGCUUGUAUCCUACACGUAUCGAUCUGAUGAUCCACUACCUUCGGAGGAUGGUGCGGGGACGCCCUCCCGCACAGUCGCCAAGACACCCGAAGUGAAGACAUUCACUUUCUAUACUGUCGUCGAUAUUGGUUCCAUUCUACCUAGGGAAGAGAAGGUGGAUCCGGAUAUCUAAUGCCAGUAUGUGCGCCUUUAUCACCGCAUUGCCACGCAUACGUACGCCUUUUUGUCCGCACGUCGUGUGGAUGAUGCUUUUGCUGUGUUGUGGCAACUUAAAAUCUGAUACCCCCCGAAGGUCGUCGAAUCUUUGAAUGCCGGUGUAGGCUAAGGAGUCGCAAUGAGCUAGCUGAACCCUGGAAUUGGAGGAGAAUCAUGACUUAUUUUCGAAGUCCGCCAUGUACGUGGGAGCUGA